UGGAUAUGGCUUCGACCAGCUCUAUUCCUGGAAACUCUUAGCCAGGAACACUUCAACCGUUCGACCCGUGUUCUCAUUAUAAACUGGGUGACCGACCGCUGUCUCGGACUCGAAACAUGGACGGCCCGGCAGAGAACAGCCCGCCCCCACUGUCCAAUGAGGACUUCAAGGUGUACAACAGCGCGGCCGAAAAGAUGGAUUUCUUCCACGGCCUGUUGCGGCGCUCAUGGAAUAUUCUGUGGACCGCCUGCAACUCGGGUCGACGGCCCAACGGGAUGUCGAUUCGACAAUUCAUUGCAGAGGGGCUGCGGUUCGCAGACCACCUAGAAACCCACCAUCACAUCGAAGAGACGAUGGUCUUCCCGUUUCUGGCCAAGCGGAUGCCCGAGUUCAAGCAGGGGCGCGGGCGGAAGCAGGCUGACCUGUUGCGGCACCACCGCGAGAUUCACGCCGGGAUGGACGGGUUCAGGGAGUAUCUGGAGAAGUGUUCGCAGGGCGAGGAGGACCUGCAGAUGGAGGUGCUACGGGCGAAGAUGGAUUCGUGGAGGGAGGUGCUGUGGAUGCAUCUGGACCAGGAGGUCGCGACGCUGGGCGCAGAGAAUAUGCGGCGGUACUGGACGAAGGAGGAGAUGAGGCUUGUUCCGAUGUGAUAGAACCAUACAAUGCUAUAAAGUAGACGCCACACGUGAAUGUGCCGUCCCUGUUAUUUCCCAGUUGGCAUAAUAAUAGCACGCUAAUCAUGAUAUCACACGAUCAUGAUCGGCGAGAUCUCACGGUCUGGACAAGUCCGCCCG